AUGCCACUCCUCCCCUACCCUCGAGAACACAAGAUGCCCAAAAAAGGCAGUCCACAGAACCAGAACAUUAAGCCUUUGACUCGCAUUGUUUUACAUGAUGUUCUGAUGUGGAAUACUGACAACAAAAAUCACAAAACCACAACAAAAGCCAUCCAGAAGGACCAGGACAGGCUGGAGAAGUGGGCCCAUGAAAAUCUAACGAGGCUCAAUAAGGCCAAGUGCAGGGUGCUGCACUUGGGUCGGGGCAAUCUCAGGUAUUUAUACAAACUGGUGGAUGAUCUCAUUGAGAGCAGCCCUGCGGAGAAGGACUUGGAGAUCCUGGUAGACAAGAAGCUGGAUAUGAGCCAGCAGUGUGCACUUGCAGCCUGGAAGGCCAACUGUGUUCUGGGCUGCAUUAAAAAAGGGGUGGCCAGCAGGGAGAGGGAGAUGAUUGUCCCCCUCUAAUCGGCUCUUGUGAGGACCCAUCUGGAGUGCUGCAAGAAAGAUGCAGAGCUCUUCGGACGAGUGCAGAGGAGGACCACUAAGAUGAUCAGAGGGCUGGAGCACCUCUCUUAAUAAGAAAGGUUGAGGGAACUGGGCUUGUUUAGCUUGGAGAAGAGAAGGCUCUGGGGAGACCUCAUUGCGGUCCUCCAGUA